AAGGUUGGACAACAUGGCGGCAGUUUGCGCUGCGUCUCGUGUUCUCACGAAGAGGAUCCUUUCAGCUAAAGCUCUUCCGGCAGUUGGUUCAGGGAGCUCCAGGAGUCUCCACUUCUCCAUCUACGGCAAGAGGGACAAUGCGAAAGUUUCAGAUGCUAUCUCAACACAAUACCCAGUGGUAGACCAUGAAUUUGAUGCAGUGGUGGUUGGUGCUGGCGGGGCUGGACUACGCGCCGCUUUCGGUCUGUCGGAGGCUGGCUUCAACACUGCCUGUGUCACCAAACUGUUCCCAACCAGGUCCCACACAGUGGCAGCACAGGGUGGAAUCAAUGCAGCCCUCGGCAACAUGGAAGAUGAUGAUUGGCGGUGGCACUUCUAUGACACGGUGAAAGGAUCUGAUUGGCUGGGAGACCAGGAUGCCAUACACUACAUGACAGAGCAGGCUCCAGCUGCUGUGGUGGAGCUGGAGAACUUUGGCAUGCCCUUUAGCCGCACCGAGGAUGGGAGGAUCUACCAGCGUGCUUUCGGAGGCCAGAGCCUGAAAUUCGGCAAGGGUGGCCAGGCACACAGAUGCUGCUGCGUGGCAGACAGGACCGGCCACUCCCUGCUACAUACCCUGUAUGGCCGGUCCUUGAGGUAUGACACCAGUUAUUUUGUGGAGUACUUUGCCCUGGACCUGCUGAUGGAGGAUGGGGAGUGCAGAGGGGUGAUUGCACUGUGCAUGGAGGACGGGUCCAUCCACCGCUUCAGAGCCAAGAACACCGUCAUCGCCACGGGGGGUUAUGGCCGCACCUAUUUCAGCUGUACCUCUGCACACACCAGCACUGGAGAUGGCAAUGCCAUGGUGACACGUGCUGGCCUCCCCUGCCAGGACCUUGAGUUUGUGCAGUUCCACCCCACAGGUAUCUACGGGGCUGGCUGCCUGAUCACAGAGGGUUGCCGUGGAGAGGGUGGAAUCCUCAUCAACAGCGAGGGGGAGAGGUUCAUGGAGCGCUACGCCCCCAACGCCAAGGACCUGGCCUCCAGAGACGUGGUGUCCCGCUCCAUGACCAUCGAGAUCCGGGAAGGAAGGGGUGUCGGCCCAGAGAAGGACCAUGUCUACCUGCAGCUGCACCACUUGCCCCCACAGCAGCUGGCCACCCGCUUGCCUGGCAUCUCUGAGACUGCCAUGAUCUUUGCCGGUGUUGACGUCACCAAAGAACCAAUUCCUGUGCUUCCAACUGUUCACUACAACAUGGGUGGAAUACCCACCAACUUCAAGGGCCAGGUCAUCACCCACAAGAAUGGGGAGGACAAGAUAGUGCCCGGGCUGUAUGCCUGCGGGGAAUCCGGUUGUGCCUCCGUCCAUGGUGCCAACCGACUGGGCGCCAACUCCUUGCUCGAUUUAGUGGUGUUUGGCCGUGCCUGCGCCCUCACCAUUGCUGAAAUCUGCACCCCUGGAGAGAAGCUGCCACCCUUGAAGCCAAAUGCUGGUGAGGAGUCUGUAGCCAACUUGGAUAAGCUGAGAUUUGCCAGUGGGAACACCAGGACCUCUGAGAUCAGACUGAGCAUGCAGAAGAACAUGCAGAAUCACGCCGCUGUGUUCCGCACUGGCUCUGUGCUGAAGGAGGGCUGCGACAAGAUGGAUGCCCUGUACCAGACCCUGGAUGACAUCAAGACCUUUGACAGAGGAAUUGUGUGGAACACUGACCUGGUGGAGACCCUGGAGCUGCAGAACCUGAUGCUGAACGCUGUCCAGACCAUCCACUCCGCCGAGGCACGCAAGGAGAGCCGGGGUGCCCAUGCCAGAGAGGACUUCAAGGACCGUGUGGAUGAGUUUGACUACUCCAAGCCGCUGCAGGGCCAGCAGAGAAAGCCCUUUGAGGAGCACUGGAGAAAGCACACGCUCUCAUAUGUGGAUCCCAAGACUGGCAAGGUGACUCUGGAAUACAGACCUGUGAUUGACAACUCAUUGUCUGAGGAAGAUUGCUCAGCCAUCCCUCCUGCCAUUCGCUCCUACUAGACACCAGUCUAACCAUUCGUAUUUAUAACAUGACUUUGUGCUUUUGCAAUUACAAUAAAACAGGUUUAACGUGUGGUUUUCACACAGAACAAAAAGUACUGCACAUGGUAUAUUUGGUGUUCUUUAAUAAACUGUGCUGUAACUUGAGAGAAUUGUGCAAACAGUGUGGUUCAUGUUUAUUACAACAUUCAAUGUAUUUGCUAUAGUUAUUGCUGGCAAAUAAAUGAAUAUUUAAUAUUUAAAUAUGGAAUGAUUAUGUAAAAAAUGUGGUAGUUAACAGAGCAGACUCAUGUUUACUAAAAUCACCGUCAGUAAAGAUGAACAUUAACUCAAAGAUGCCAACGAGAUACUGUGUUCACUUGUUCCGUGGCCUUCUUGUUCAAACAAGCGCACAAUAUCAAAUGUAGGUCAAUUUCUGUGCAUAAUGCAUGUGUUCUGCUUGUGGCAUUUAAGAUCAAUAAAAAUGCUCCAGUACCAUAUUGCGUGGAAAUGUCUUAGGUGUAUGUGCAGAGUACCAGUAUAAUUCUGCUCCUCUUAAUGUGUUAUCUCACCUACCCCAAGCAUCAGGGCAGCACUUCUCCUG